CAUUUCCCGCCAUUUCACCCCACUCCUUUCUUCCUCAUAAAUAGAGCUCGCACUACAGAGACAGGGUUCCCAGUCUUCCUACCACUUCCCUACUUCCCCACAAUUUGCUCUCCUUCUCUCUCUUCACUCCCUCAAGAACAACUCAGAAACAAUGUUUGAAUUAAGGCUGGUACAGGGGAGCUUAUUGAAAAGGGUGAUUGACGCCAUUAAAGAUCUUGUCAAUGACGCCAAUUUUGAUUGCUCUUCCACCGGAUUCUCUCUGCAAGCCAUGGAUUCCAGUCAUGUUGCUCUUGUCGCCCUCCUCCUGCGGUCCGAGGGGUUCGAGCAUUUCCGAUGUGACCGGACCUUCUCCAUGGGUAUGAGCAUUGCUAACAUGGCUAAGAUGCUUAAAUGCGCCUCUAAUGAUGAUAUUAUUACCAUCAAGGCUGAUGACGGCACCGACACUGUCACUUUCAUGUUCGAGAGCCCCUCACAAGAUAAGAUAUCAGAUAUUGAGAUGAAACUGAUGGACAUUGACAGUGAUCACCUUGGGAUCCCAGAUGCCGAAUAUGAAGCAAUUGUUCGAAUGCCAUCAACAGAGUUUGGUAGCAUAUGUACAAGUCUUUCCACCAUCGGUGAUACUGUUACUAUUGCUGUGUCAAAGCAAGGUGUGACUUUUUCCACCAAAGGUGACAUUGGAUCUGGGAACAUUACCUGCAGACAGAAUUCAUCAACAGAGAAGCCAGAGGAGGCCACUAUUAUUGAGAUGAAGGAACCAGUUGUUUUGACAUUUGCUCUCAAGUAUAUCACUACAUUCACCAAAGCAACAUCUUUGUCCAGCCAAGUGACUAUUAGCUUAUCCUCGGAUAUGCCUGUGGUUGUGGAAUACAAGAUUGCUGAAAUGGGCCACAUCAGGUACUACCUGGCUCCCAAGAUUGAAGAAGAGGAUCUAGAGACCAACCUUCAGCCUGAAACCAGGCCUAGAACUGAGGCCCGAGAAGAAAAUCAUGCUAAACCCGAGGUCCAUCAGGAGGCUCAAGAAGUUGUGCCUCUUGCUAUAACGGGCACCAAGGAAGAAAAUGGCACUGAAGAUGAAAUUGUUGAGGAUUCCCAGGUUAAGAUGGAAACUGAAAAUGGAGCUGAUGUGAAGCUUAAAGUGGAGAAAAAGCCAUUGAAAUCGGAAUUAGCUAUGGAGAAAGACUUUAAGAUGGAAACUGAUUCUGAAGCUGAGACAAAGCCUACGACAGAGGCAACACAACCAAAGUCAGAAGUUGAGGUUAUGGAAGUAGAGGACUCUACUUGAGCAAACAAUCACUGAAACAUAACAUGUUCAUACUAGUGUUAGAGAUUUGGGCAGUGUUUUAUCUAGUCGGCUAGGUUUCCAUGACCAUUUUGGCAUUUGAUUUGAUUAUUUUUGGUCUGAAACCAUUUUGAUGUAAAUCGGGUAGUUGGGUAAUAGUAAUUUAGGGCUUUCUUUCAAGAGUAACCUUCACUUUUGUAGUUGCUCAAUGCAAUGAACAAACAAGGAAUUGGUGCAGAAGGGUGUUCUGGAUUCAAUGAGUUUUCCCUUUAGUUUUA